AUGUGGACCAAUUGCAAACUGCGCCCGUCAGGAGAGGGCUCGGCUACGGACCAAACAGGUCCCCGAGUGAGGUGCCGGCUGCGCGGGGCGCAGGUGCGCGUCCUGGGGGAGGCGUGUCCCGCUAAUCGCAUUACGGCGCGCAGGGCGUGUGACACCACAGCACACGGCGGCGCCAAACACGCGCCCCUCACAGCGGGCCGCCUGCACGCUGUAGUGGAAUGCGACGCCGUAAACACUGCAUGUGUGGAUCCUGUCGCGACCGCCGGCGUGGGCCACGUACAGUACUGGUAUCGACACUGCCUGCUGCAGCGCGGGCUGUAUGACGCGCUCCGCCGAGCGCGGUUUGACACACGCAUUGAGCAGCCUCCGGCGGCAGUGCGCGCCCGAACUGCCAUCAACAGCGGCGCCCUAGCGACAAUGAGCGCCGGCGAACAAGUUCCACCCGACAACGUGAGCAUCCUGGACGAGCACGGCCGCGUGGUCAAAGAGGUCCUGGGUCCCUAUCCAGAGGGCGCGCAGCCCACCGUGUCCUGCGUCGCCACCGGUGGCCGGCCCAUCCCGCGGCUGUACUGGCGGCUGAACGGCGCGCCGCCGCUGGAGGGCGCGCUGGAGCAGCAGCGGCUGCUGCCGGAGGGCGGCGUCGCGGCGUCGCUGCGGCUGCCGCGGCUGUCGCGCGCCCUCCUGCUCGCCGUCGUCUCCUGCCAGGCCGUCAGCAGCCCCCACGUGCCGCCCGUCGCCGCCAGCGCCGCCGUCCACCUGCUGCUGGAGCCGCUGACGGUGCGCCUGCUGGACGAGAACCGGCCGCUGAGCGCGGGCCGGCAGUACGAGCUUCGCUGCGAGACCGCCGGCUCGCGGCCCGCCGCCACCGUCACCUGGUGGAAGGACGGAGAGCAACUGCCCCAUGACAGGGAGCUGACGAACGCGGACGGCAACGUGACGACCAGCGUGGCGCAGGUGACGCCGGCGCUGGAGGACGCGGGCCGCCAGCUGUGCUGCCACGCCGCCAACGCCAGAGUGCAGGGCGGCGCCGUCAGCGACUGCUGGACGCUGCACGUCCGCUACAGCCCCGUCGUGUCUCUGGAGCUGGGCAGCAACAUCAACGGCAGCGCCAUCCGCGAAGGCGUCGACGUUUACUUCGAAUGCAACGUGCGCGCCGACCCCUGGAUACACAAGGUCAUCUGGAGGCACAACGGUCGCCUACUGCACAACAACGUGAGCGCGGGCACGCUGCUGAGCAACCAGACGCUCGUGCUGCAGGCGGUGACGAGGAACAGCUCCGGCCUCUACACCUGCGUCGCCAGCAACAGCGAGGGCGACACCGAGAGCAACGCCUUCAACCUCGACGUCAAGUUCGCGCCGGAGUGCCGGCCGGGCCAGCAGCUGGUGUGGGGAGCGGCGCGUCGCGAGGUGCUGCAGGUGCCGUGCGAGGUGGAGGCGCGCCCGCCGGCCCGCCUCUUCCGCUGGGCCUUCAACAGCAGCGCCGCCGCCUCCGAGACGCGCCCGCUGGACGCCGGCGUGACGGCCGCGGCGCCGGGCCGCUCCGUGCUGCAGUACCAGCCCAUGGGCGAGCGCGACUACGGCACGCUGCUCUGCUGGGGCCGCAACGAGCUGGGCGCACAGGCCGUGCCCUGCGUCUUCCACAUCGUGCCCGCCGGGCGGCCGGACGCGCCGCACAGCUGCGAGGUGAGCGGCCGCGGCGCGACCACGCUGCGCGUGACGUGCGCGCGCGGCAGCGACGGGGGGCUGCCGCAGCAGUUCACGCUGGAGCUGGCGGACGCGGAGCGCCGGCUGGUGGCGAACGUGACGAGCCGCGGCCGGCCCGACUUCCUGCUGGAGGGCCUGCAGCCGGGCGCGCGCUACACGGCGCUCGUGUACAGCAGCAACGGCAAGGGCCGCAGCCAGGGCAGCGCCGCCAGGUGA